AUGAGGCAUCAUCAAAAUAUGCAUUAUGCCCCACAACAACAACCAGUCUAUGUCCAACAGCCUCCUCCUCGGAGAGAAUCCGGUGGUUGCUGUAGAACCUGUUGUCACUUCCUAUGUUGUCUAUGUUUAAUUAACCUAUGUUGUGACGUUUUUUAA